AUGGCAUCAACCACUACUUCCAAGUUUGUUAGAGUCUGCGAGGACGUUGAGAUCGAGCUCUCGCUGACGGUACCGGCCGGCGGCAUUGAUGAGAAGACGCCGUCUCUGAUCUUCCUCCACAUUUGGGGUGGCUCUUCAAAGACAUUUGGAUCGGUCAUUGAGAUUUUGUCACCGUAUUAUCCAACCAUUGGCGUCAGCCUUCGCGGCUGGGGUGCAUCUACGGGACCAGAUGAGCCUACUGCCUACAAGGUUACCGAUUUCGCGUCCGAUGUGGAGUUUGUCAUCAGGGAAUUAAACCUAAAAUCUGUAGUACUUGUUGGCCACUCAAUGGGAGGAAAAAUAUCAAUGGCAAUCGCUGGACGGCAUCUUCUACCUGCGGGUGUAUUAAGAGGCCUAGCUCUUGUCGGGCCUGCCCCCUCCGGUCCUGUUCAAUUACCAGAUCCCAGCAUGAAAGACGCCCAAGUACAUGCAUUUGACAACAUGGACAAUGCAGAAGGUGUCAUUCGCACUGUCCUCUCAGCGCCGGGAAACCUGGCGGACGAGGUCAUAAAGGCAGUAGCCGAAGACAUGGUCCGUGGGAGCAGGUGGGCCAAAUAUUCGUGGCCAGCGUAUGGCAUGGAAGACGAUAUUACCCAUCUCUUUGAACAUAUUGAUGUCCCUGUUGUGGUACUUGCUGGAGAAAAGGACAUGUUGGAGCCUGUUGGGAGAAUGAGGACCGAUAUCCGGGACAAGAUUAAUAAUAUGCCACAUGGCAGGGCAAAUCUGGUUGUUGUAGAGGGCUCAGGCCAUUUGAUCCCAGUUGAAAAGCCCAAAGAGGUAGCAGAUGCUAUUAAACAAUUCCUUCAAAUGCUCUGA